AUGCUUCGUGGUCGGAAUCGGAAGGCGAAUGCUGCAUUUAGAAAAUUGUACCUGGUCGGUGAAGAGGAGAGAGGUGAAUUAAUAAAGGACGAUUUGUCAAAGGUCAGCAAGUUGCGUUGUCGAAACAAAACGCCACUGCGGUUUGCGGAGCUGCCAUCCAUCCUCGGUGCCUUAGAUCUUCUCUCGCUUGACGAAACAAACGGCCUCAAUGAUGCCUCAGGUCAGAUAAUGUCAACACGCACUUCUUCGACCUCUUCCACGACAUCGCCACCCAAUGCGUCUCAGGUAGCUCAGAGGUUUCCCCCUUCCACGACCAGCGCUAGCGCAGCUGCAGUGCUGGCCGCAGCAGCAGUGGCGGCCAGUCGGUACAGUCCGACGGCGUCUACAACAGCACCGACCAGUUUUCACGACGCGGCCGCGGUCUUCUCGGCGGCCUAUGCAGCAACCUCGUCGGCGGACUUUACCUCGAACGUGGCAUCUCCAACGGCGGUUGCCAUGGCAGCAGCAGCGGCUGCUGCGGCCGUGGCGGCCUAUCCGUCAGAAUCGAACCCGGGAAUAAUGAGUGUUCCCUCGCCAAUAUUCCCCCCUCCCCCGAUGAACAAUGGUCAUCUUAAUCAGCGUGUCUCCCCGUCUCCUUCGCAGCCCGCGAAUUCAUCCAGCGGGGACGCGGCCUGCAAACCAGACUUCCCCAACGCCUCGGAUUUCCUGGAGGCGUUCGCGCGAUCGACCGGCAGCAGCGCCGCAGCCGCCGCCGGCUGGCAGCGGCACCAGCAGCCCCCCAGGUCCUCGGAUGGCCUCGGGUUCCCCUCGACUGAGGCCCUCAUCGAGUGCUACCGGGCUCAGCUACCAGGCUGGGCCUCGCUAAGACGACAGCCUCCUCCGAUUCGUCACGUGUUGGCAUUUUCGCCGCGAAUCGGUUGCUCCCUCGGCUGCCCUAUCCCAUCCCUCAGUAGUGUUGCAUUGCCAAUGCGCGUUCAUUUCCAUUCAAGUGCCGCCGACGGCAACGCGGGGUUAAACUCUAUCGACCGGCUGCUAGCGGUAACCGCCAUCGAGUUGUCCUUAAAUGAGCGAAAUUUCAUUCACCCCGAAGAGCGCGCUCUCUGGCUUCGCGUGCAGGCAACUGUCCUCGAACGGGCACUUGGAUCUGCCGUGCACAUGGGAAAUUCCCACGUGCACGGCUACUUUCCACUUGUAGACAUGACAGGGCCCGUUCUACAAAUGGAGUCUUCCGUAGCCUCUGGCGCCAUAUCGUCCGCUUCGAACUCGGGAUCUCACGCUGUGACCCCCUCGCGCACCCUCCUACACCCUUCCUCCUACACUCUCUGCAAUUCACAGCAACCACUUCAACAUCCAAACGAGUGUUACAACUACCAACAGACUUACCCUCUACCGACAGAUUAUGCAUCCGCCUACCAGCCUACUGAUAGCAGGUACUGCGACAACCCGACCUACUGGACCGAGCAGAGUGGGGCCGAGGGGGAGUGGUAUGGUCCGGCCUGCAGCGCGGAAAGCCAAAUUCCCUUAAGUUGUUUGAGUGCCCCACCAACAUAUGCUGACCUGAGUCCGGUCGAGACUAUCUUUUUUGGGAACGGAAAGGCAGACCAAAAGUCGGUGGAGUAUGAAGAGACGGAGGAAGUAGGCUGGCGUGGGCAGGGGGACUUUGUACAGCAGUUGCCACAGCCCAGUGAGACGUGGUAUUCCACCCUAACAUCCGAUCCCGCAUCGAAAGCUCUUCCCGAUGCCGGAGGUGGCACAAAUCAACACCAGCCACCACCACCACCACCUCCCGCCUUCGCUUCGUCUCCCUUCAAAGCCUCUGCGACAUCAACCACAACUACAACUACUCCCCUCGGUUUCCCCCCAGCGUUCUCCCAACCGAAUCAACACUCUCAAUUUCCCCCGUCUACGACAAAUGUCCCUUCUCAUUCAUUCUUUUCGUCUUUUCCCUCCACUUCAGCAACCAGCGGAAGUGAUUUCUACCGCGCCUCGGCAUUGUUUAGCGGCACUACAGGAGGUGGAACCACUGACCCCUAUUAUGACCCCUCCCGACACGUUGGCGGAGGAGAACACUACUCCGGAGUAGGAACUUCUGCUUCCAGCUACCAGCGUGCUUUGCGUGGCUUUACAGCGGCUGCUGGUGGCGGCGGCGGGGGUACUGGUGGUGGCGGUGGUAGCGGGGGCGGUGGUGGAGAGAAGGGGACGCUUGAUGUACCAGGAAGUAGUGGCGGUGGAACAGGAGGAAGCGGAGGCACUGGGGACGGUACCGUUGGUCUUGUUUCUCGUGAAUUAAUGCGCUCGUACCUUCAGAAUAGACGAGACCAAGUGCUUAUUGUGCUCCAUGCUAAGGUAGCGCAGAAGUCCUAUGGAACUGAGAAGAGGUUCUUCUGCCCUCCUCCCUGCAUUUACCUACGAGGUGACGGUUGGGAGGCCAGACCGGGUCCAAGUUCUUCGUCAGAUUCGGCUUUCCAAAGGUCCUUCCUUCCAUGGGAGUCCGAACACGACUUCAACGCAAACAAACCAAGCAAUGAAAAAGCGCAGGUGAGGCAUUGCAUGCUUGUGGUUUUGGCCUUUAUGGGCAUCGGAGGAACGUCAACGGCGAAGGACAUGGUCCAACUCAAUCUCGAGCCAGGAAAGGACUACUCUGCGGCCAAAACCCUCUUCAUCUCUGACUCCGACAAGCGGAAGCACUUCAUGCUCACUGUGAAGAUGUUCUACUCCAACGGAAAGGACCUGGGGCAGUUCAAUUCGCGACGCAUCAAGGUCAUCUCAAAGCCGAGCAAAAAAAAGCAAUCGCUCAAGAACACCGAUUUAUGUAUCGCCUCGGGAACAAAGAUUGCUCUCUUCAAUCGUCUUCGAUCUCAAACAGUGAGUACUCGUUACCUUCAUGUCGACGCGGGCAGUUUCCAUGCUAGUUCCAGCAGAUGGGGCGCUUUCACUAUCCACUUGCUGUCAGACGACGAGUCUGAGGCGGAGGAAUUUAACGUGCGGGACGGCUAUAUCCACUACGGGCACACCGUGAAGCUUGUCUGCUCGGAGACCGGCAUGGCAUUGCCUCGACUUAUCGUUCGAAAAGUGGAUAAGACUGUUGUAAUGUUGGACGCGGACGAUCCAGUCAGUCAACUCCACAAAUGUGCCUUCUACUUGAAGGACACAGAUCGUAUGUACCUCUGUCUAUCCCAGGAUAAGAUUAUCCAGCACCAGGCGGUGCGUUGUGACGACAAUCCCAACAGGGAGACCAUCAACGACUCCGCCGCCUGGACCAUAAUCAGCACAGAUCGGGCGGAGUACCGAUGGUUUGAGCUGUCGAGUCUGCGCGAAGACCCGAGCGUGCCCAAAUCACUCGUCCCGCAAAUCCCACCCCCCUCCAACCACCCCGUCACUCCUGUCCCCAUCGUCACCAGCAUCCGCACCAACGGUGGUGGGGAUGUGGCCAUGGUAGAGGUGUCCGGGGAGAAUUUCAGUGCUUCUCACCAAGUCUGGUUCGGAGAUGUGCCCGCCCAGACAUUCUAUCGCUGUCAAGAACUCCUACUAUGUUUGGUUCCGGACAUCUCUGAAUUCCACCCUGACUGGACCUACAUCCAAUACGAACUCGAGGUUCCCAUAAGCAUUGCUCGAAAUGAUGGUGUCAUUUAUGCCACUGGUUCGACCUUCACUUACCAACCAGAACUGGGGCCACGACAGCACUGCCAAUCAGCGCUGGAGCUGGUGCGAGCGGCAGCAUUUGCAGCCGCUGCAGCGGCCGCGGCGUCCAUAGGCCAGGUAAUGCCCCCAACACCUCAGCACCAGCGACCUCCUAUCGAUUAUCCUACGAUGGAAUCUAACCUUGCCACUAGCGGUAUGUCCUCCUACCCAGUGUUCUCUGAAGCUGUUCCAGAGACCUCGGGGAGCAGUAGCAACAUCACCGCAAGGUCUUACGUGACACCGAUGGAUGAUGCCGCGACGUCGAUGGCAACCGCGCAGUCCGCAAUCGAGCCGACGUAG